AUGGCGAAAGACGACAACAAGAAGAUCGUAGAGGUCGACGGCGUACCAGUGGAGCGUCAAGGCACCCGACCGGAUUUCUCAAUUCCACCAGCUAGGAAACAGCUGCCGAGAGAGCUUCAGGACACGCUCAACGAUGAAGAGAAGUUGUGGGAGGUGCUCUACGAUGGCGAAGGUGAAGAUACAACAGAUACAUCACUCCGCUAUGCCGCGUACGCCUCGCGAAUCCGCACCAUUAUGCUUUCUGCGCACCGCUAUGUAGCCUACACCUCCGAUAUUGGCGAAUCCUUCCGUCCCAUCGCGCAUCCUUACCUAGUCAAGGGUGCCUACGGUAUAUCCUGGCUCUACCUUACCGGUGACGUCGCUCACGAAGGCUACAAAGCCUACUGCCGCAACCAACGUACACUACAUCCCGAGAAGUACAUCGACGAAGCAGCAGAUAAGAGUCUGGGAGAAGCAAAGGACAAAGAUCUCGCAGCCACAGGCAAGUGCGCCAGUACAGGCAUAUUCGACAAGGUGCAAGAUCUGGCGAGGAAUGCUACAAGUACAGAGGGUGUCAAGUAUGGUGAAGCCGGGAGCGCAUUGACCGGUGGGCAGGUGGUUGCGGGAAAGGUACCAGCGAUUGAGGACUACAGGGCUGUUAUGGCGCAGAGAGCUGUGUUCCAGGCUGUUGCUUCUAUGGGUCUACCUGCUUUCACUAUACACAGCAUUGUCAGGUACUCUGGGCGUGCGCUGAAGGAUGCAAAGAAUAAGACGCUAAGGACUUGGGGUCCGAUCGGACUUGGUCUCGCCGCAGUCCCUUUCUUACCAUUCGUUUUUGAUGAACCGGUCGAGCACGCCACUGAAUGGAUCUUUUACAAUGCGUUCAAGACGUUUGGUGGUGAAGAAGCGGUCGCGGGCAGACCGGCGACUGGGGUUAAGGAAUUGAGAAAAGAAGAAACGCAAUCGAACAAGCUGAAGAAGGAGUUGUAG